UGGCAGCGACGGCCGCGUGCGGGCCGGGAGUGUCGGUGUGGCAGCGAGCUGCACUGCUUUUAUCUGGCAGGGGGUGCCCGCCUCUUCACCGGGCUUGACUCGGGGAGGGGACCGGGAGGCGCUUUGGCAGCGGGGCCAGGUACCCGAGAGUAACCACGCUGGUGCGCGGUCGCCCGUGGGGCCGUGGCUUCGCGCCCAAGGGGGCCGGGUGAGCGACGGCUGCGCAGGCGCGCAGAGGCGCGGCCGAUGUCUGGAGGGCGGAAGCGCGGCGGUUCCUUCCAUCUCCUCAGCUCCACAUUCACAGGACUCUGUUCUUCAAGAGAAAGCCCUCAUGAAGGGGAGCACGGCCACUGGACCUCUGGAAGGCACAUCACAGCAAUCACUGACAUUCCAAGAUGUGGCCAUCGACUUUUCCCAAGAAGAGUGGGGAUUCCUGGACCCCGCUCAGAGAGAACUGUACACAGCUGUGAUGUUGGAGACUUACCAGAACCUGGUCUGGCUGGGCAUAUCUGUUGCUGAGCCCAACAUAGCCUUCCUACUGGAGCAAGGCCCACAGCCCUGGGUGAUGAGGGAGGAGGAUGCAGGAGCUCCAGGAGCAGAGAAUGAGUCAACACAGAAGAGUAAGGAAUUGUCUUUAAGGAAGAGGAUAAAAGGAGAAACACACCAUCAUGAGAGAGUGAUGGAAAAAACGAGCAGCACGGGUAGAGACUAUGAAAAGGCCUCCAGCACCAGGGCAUACCUCAUCAUCCAUCAGAAGAUGAAGAAGGAAGAGAAGUGCUACCAGUGCUUCGAGUGUGGGAAAUCCUUCUGUCGUCGAUCGACUCUCAUCCAGCAUCAGAGGAUCCACACAGGAGAGAGACCCUAUCAGUGCAGCAAGUGCAGCAAAGCCUUCAACCAGAAGGCCCACCUCGCCCAACACCAGCGCACCCACACGGGCGAGAAGCCCUACACCUGCGGGCAGUGCACACGGGCCUUCAGCCAGGUGACACACCUCACCCAGCACCAGAUCAUCCACACCGGAGAGAAGUUCCAUUGCUGCAGCGAGUGUGGGAAGGCCUUUAGCCGCCCCUCCGCCCUUGCGGACCACCAGAGAAUCCACAGCGGAGAGAAACCCUUCAAGUGCAAGGCCUGCGGCAGAGCCUUCACACAGAGCGCCCAGCUCCUCAGACACCAGAAGAUCCACUCUGAAGACAAGCCCUACAGAUGCAGCAAGUGCCCCAAGUCCUUCAUCCGUCUCUCUUCCCUGACGGAGCACCAGAGGACUCACACCGGAGAGAGGCCCUAUCAAUGUGAGGACUGCCCGAAGGCCUUCUGCCGCCUCGUGCAGCUCACUCAGCACCAGAGGACCCACACUGGUGAGAAGCCCUACACGUGUCAGGAAUGCGGCCGGGCCUUCACCUGCAGGUCCCAUUUCACUGUCCACAGGCGGAGUCACACAGGAGAGAGGCCCUAUGAAUGUCAGGUGUGCCGGAAAACCUUCAACAAUCACUCCUCCCUGGUGACGCAUGACAGGACUCACAGUGGAGUGAAGCCCUUCAGAUGCGAUGCGUGUGGGAAGGCCUUCAGCACUUCCUCCUCGCUCUGUCAACAUAAGAGGAUUCAUACUGGGGAAAAGCCCUACAGUUGCCACAAAUGUGGGAAGUCCUUCAGGUGCAGGUCACACCUUAGUCGACAUCAGCAAACUCAUACGGGAGAAUACUGACCAAAGCCAACUAGACUUGAAAAUGUUACUAUUCCAGUUAUCUAACCAUCAGUCAAGAUCUUGACAACAAGCAGCCUCAGUUGACUCUGACUCUUAGAAAAGCAGCUUAUUCUCAAGGUCUCAGGAGCUCACUGAAAAAUAGGUAAUGAACCAGGACCUAUUGUGUAGCACAGGGAACUAUACUCAAUGUUUUGUAAUAAGCUACAAAGGAAAUACAGCUAUGGUUUUUCCAGUAGUUGUGUACGGAUGUGAGACUUGGACCAUAAAGAAGGCUGCCCAUGGAAUUCUGUCCUCAGUCUAUAGUCUUCCCCAGGCAAGAAUACUGGAUUGGGUAGCUAU